AUGAGGGGAGAACAAUCGGAAGCCGUAAGAACAGUUAUAGAAAUGAAUGUUGAAUGAGAGCAAAAAGAUAUUUAUUCAACUAAUGUUAAUGAUAGAAUUGUAAAAGCAGAGGAAGAAGUAGAAAUCGCCAUAAAAAAAGAGUUUUCUGAACGUGCUGAAUGGAACAGGCUAAAAUAUUAUGAAGAUAUAGCUAUCAUAAAUGCUGUUGCUAGUGGAAUCAAUGAUGUAUUAAAAGAAUAUUCCAAAAAAGAACAAGAACUGUUCAAACUAUUUUUAAUAUGGAGUACAUGUCAGUCAUUAUACAUUACAUUAAAUUCAUAUGAUACACGUAGAUAUUGUAACAAAUCUCUGCAUUUUUUAAAAUAUAAAAUUAAUACUUUCAAAAAAAUCACUGAAGCAUUUCCCAAAAUUUACCAAAUUUUAGAAACUUUACCAAAUCAAGUAAUAAAUAGGGGUGUAUGUUCUAAAGAAAAUCUUGUGGAUCGAUUUUAUAAAGUAGAAAAAAAAGCUUAUCAAAUGGGCAUCAUUAAAAAGGAUGACCCAAAUAUAUUUGAUAUAGUAUUUUCGUAUAUAAUAAGCACUUUUGUCUAUCAAGAAUCUAAAUCAAUUCCUCAGAAUGAAAUUGAUAAUGUACCAAUUAAUAUUCAUGAGCUGAAUACUUACGACAAAUUACAAAGAGCUAAAUAUUGGAUGAAAAAUAAUAAUUUUUUGAAUGCUCUUAAGUUUAUGAAUUUACUUGAUGGAGGAGCUAAAAUAGUAGCUAAAGAAUGGAUUACAGAAAUGACAUAUUUCUUAGAAACUAUGCAAGUUGUAGAUGUUUUAACGUUGCAUGCACUAGCUCGUUUAUUAGGUUUAACUAAAAAACCAAACGAAAAAUAA